GUCACAACUCCCCCAAUUGCCGUCGAUGGAAUCUUAAAUGCCGCCAGCGUGUCGGUGUAAGAGACUAGUUUUCUGCAAGCCCGUGGAUACCGCCUAGCAAGGAGCAGAUCUUGAGAGGACGUGUAGCUGGUGGACUGGCCGGUCACUCCGGGCAUAGCGGUAAACCCAGAUGAUGGCUGGGACUGGGUGCAUGCGCAUCCACGCGUCUGGAACAAGUGCACGGGCAAGGUUGGGGAUUUCUCGAGGAUCUAGUCUAUGUACAGUAUAAUAUCGUGCUGCGGAAGCGGAGUUUUGGGGGUGGCCUAACGCAAGACGCCGGUGGUCUGCUACGAUUCCUCUGAAGGAAAAGACGCGGAUGGAAUGGAGAAGAGAGAAGUAGGAUGGACAUGGGGCCGGCACUUGUGGGAAUUCGGGAUUGUCCGUCCCCGAGAAGACAAAGCAAGCAUGGCAUGGCAUCAGGCACUGCCUCGUGGUGCUCUGUGCCCAGCCAUCUGCAUCUGUACUAUCACGGGACGGGUUGUGGGUGGUGUGAAGAGGGGCGGUACAAGCAGGAUCUCAGACAUGGCUGGAGGAGCAAAGGCCAUGCAGCUAGAUGGGAUAGGCAUGGCAAUUGGCAUCGACCAAGGUUCUCCCGUCGAUCCGAAACCGAACAAGAGGUGUUUGUUUCCAAGAAACGAGGCUGCAAGAGCUGUCAUGGUGGCUCUACCAUUAUACCGGUCUGCGUUGAAGCUGCGGAUAAGACUUGGCAAAAGUUGGACUGCUGCAAUAUCCCGAGCAUGGCCCCCAUCUCAUCUCAGCGGCACAGGGUCUUUGUGCCACGGUCUGGGAUUCUGGGAUGGUCGCUCCAGUUCAAUCAAUAGCUUCAUUCUGGUUCUGGACAGCUGGCGUGUACUCACAGCUGGCACAGCCCACCGCGAUCAGCUCGUCCGGGUUCACACCGGGGCCGAGACCCAUACAUACCCUGUCAAGCUGGGCGAGUGGGCGAGCAGUCCCGGUUAGUGUGGCCUAGAUCACCGCUAAUGCACCUCUCAGGCAGAUCGUCCGGUCAAGUGAGGGACGGCGAGAGACAGCCGGAGAUGGCUAGGCUAGAGGCAGGGAGCGAGGAGGAAGA